UCACAUCAUCAGUGAAGCUCCUCCCUCAUCACUCACAUCAUCAGUAAAGCUCCUCCCACAGCAGUUCUCCAAUAAAUACUGGGAUAUUCCCAUCAGAUGAGCAUCAGAUCAUCAGGAAGAGCUGAAAUCUGCAAAGACUGAGUUUAUUAAAGAGGACAGUGAGAACAUGAGUGAUCCAGAACCCUGCAGAAUGAAACACACUGAAGAUACUGAAGAACAAAGAGACCUGAUGGAAGUGAAGGAGGAGAGUGAAGAACUGAGUGAAGUGGAGGAGGAACAUCAUGACAAACCUGAAGAAAAACCUUUGAGUCGCUCAAAGACUAAAAACACACUUUUAAAGAAAAGAAGAACCAAGAAAUCUACAACCUGCUCUCAGUGUGGAAAGAGUUUCACAACCAAACAUAGUCUUGAUGUUCACAUGAGGAUCCACACUGGAGAGAAGCCGUUCACAUGUGAUCAAUGUGGAAAGAGUUUCUCAACCAAAUAUAGUCUUGAGACUCACAUGAGAGUUCAUACUGGAGAGAAGCCGUUCACAUGUGAUCAGUGUGGAAAGAGUUUCACAUACAAACAUCAUCUUGAGCGUCACAUGAGGAUCCACACUGGAGAGAGACCGUUCACAUGUGAUCAGUGUGGGAAAACAUUUUGUAUGGCAUCAGCCCUUAAGUCACACUUGACAGUUCAUACGAAGGAGAAGCCACAUUCAUGUUCUGUGUGUGGAAAGAGUUUUUCAUGGCUGCAAAAUUUACAUAAACAUCAGAAAAUACACACUGGUGUGAGAGAGUUCAUGUGCUUUGAGUGUGAGAAGACUUUUAUUACAGGGAGUGAUUUAAAAAUGCACCAGAGGAUUCAUACUGGAGAAAAACCUUACAAGUGUUCACACUGUGACAAGAGAUUCAGUUGGUCAACAAAUCUGAAAGCACAUGAGAGGAUCCACAGCAGAGAGAAGCCGCACAUGUGUGAUCAGUGUGGAAAGAGUUUCUCUUUUAAAAGUCACCUGAAGAUACACAUGAAGAUCCAUGCAGUGGAGAAACCACAUGACCACAGAGAUCAUGAUAAGUAAUUCAUCUUUAUAAGCAACAAAAUCUCUUCUGUGGAGGUUAGUCACAGUCAAACCACCCUGUAGCUCAAGACUGGUGGCCAACUGAAGCUAAGUAGUGUUGAGUCUGGUCACAACCGGGUGUGCCUCAUACGUCCUGAAAAGUGAAGCUGCGGGCUCUUUGA